AAAUAUCGUCUGAAAGGAACUGUUUACACAUCCCAUACGCCCACAAAUGGCGGUACAACGCGCGGUACCAGUACGAUACUAACGGUACAUGAUACAUGUUAUUACAGGGAUAUUGCCUCUAAACUAAAUCGUAAUCUAUUGAUUACGCCUUAAAGAUGUGUACAGACAUAUCUUGAGAUGUGGUCGCACCGUCGGCGUCAACAUGUCUGAAACUGUGAGCUGGACUAUUCUUCUUUUGUUCACCUGGGUGUCAGGAAGUCAUGGGCAAGAUCUGGACACCAUGACCCUUCCCCCGGAGCUGUUAGAGGAGAUAAGAGUGAGCAUCGCUGACAGUCAGAUCACAGUCACUAACGUUAUCCAGGGCCUGGUGGCCGUGGCUGUGUACCUCGUCAUUGUAGGUCUCCUGUUGGGACUCAACCACUUCAGAUGGGAGAGGAGACACAGAGAAUCCCAGAUGCGAAAAAUUAGCAUGAAUCGGAUGACAGUGCUGGAACAGCCGCCAUUUUCUCCGAAAAAUGGCGAAGUACAUGUACAACAUCGGGAAGAAAACCUUCCGGACCAUGACAAAAUUCAAGGCCUGGAACUUCCUACAGUGUCCGAAAGGGUCGAACGUUUCGAUCGGCAUAAAGAAUCUCAACCGUCUACGUACGAGGAGCAUGGUACCCAGGAGGACAUUGUGAUAAAGAUGAAGCUUCCGUCGAAAUCUUAUCCAACAAGGUAUGUCUAUGACAACCCGGGUCUGGAAAGUGUAGAAUCUGAGGAAGAACGGCCAAGCCCAUUCAAACACUGGGAGCGUGACUCGGAGCUCGAGGACUACCUUGCACACUUCAUGUCCCCUCCCAGGACGAUGGACUCGCCCAUCCUGUCCCGUAGCUACAUCAUGGAGUUCUCUCAGAAGUUCGACCCUGACCCGAGGAGUCGAUCUGGGGUGGACAAUCCUGGGUUUGUGGAACGGCCUGAUGUUCGAACCGCAAGGCCAGCUUUAGAAACUGAGGUGUAA